AAAAUCUUCUGAAAGUUUCCGAUUCCAAGCCCCUAAUUCGGACUCUAACAAUCCGACCCGACCCGACCCGACCCGACCCGAACCAAAUAAAAUAGUUGAAUUGCGGAAUUGAAGCUCUGAAGCAAACAGAGAUGGAUUUGAGUCUCCACAGCAGCAUCAGAGGCAUCGCCAAAUGGAGAAGAAGAGCCACAAUUCACCAUAGUUACAGAACUCCGCUCCUCUUCACCCUCUUAAUCACCUUUGCUCUCUUCUUCUCCUUCAAAACCCUAAUUUCCCCUUCCCCCAUCUCCUUUUCCCGUAAUUCCGGACCACGAUGCGCCGGUGGUGGUGGUUCUCCGGGAGAGAAAUUCCUCUGGUACGCGCCCCACAGCGGCUUCAGCAACCAGCUUUUCGAGUUCAAAAACGCUGUUUUAAUGGCCGCCAUUCUGAAUCGGACGUUGAUUGUGCCUCCCAUUCUCGAUCACCACGCAGUUGCCCUCGGGAGUUGCCCCAAAUUUAGGGUUUUGGAUCCGAACGAGCUCAGAUUCAAAGUGUGGAAUCACAGUGUUGAGCUUAUCCGCGAUCGCAGGUACAUAUCCAUGGCCGACAUAAUCGAUCUUUCGUCUCUAAUGUCUUCUUCAGCUAUCAGAUUUAUAGAUUUCAGGGUUUUUGUGUCGACAUGGUGUGGAGUGAACAUCAACUCGGCUUGCGGCACAGAAUCGAGUAUGCUUUCUCCAUUGAACGAAGAGCUGAAACAAUGUGGAUCAUUGCUCUCUGGAUACGAUAGCAAUAUGGACUCUUCUUGUUUAUUCGCUUCACAAGAAGAUUGUAGAACGACAGUAUGGACAUACCAAACGAGUGAUGACGAUGGGGUUCUUGAUUCUUUUCAAGCCGAUUCGGAACUCAAGAAGAAAAGAAAAAUUCCGUUCGUGAGGAAAAGGAAAGAUGUCUAUAACGCCCUUGGUCCUGGCUCUGAAGCUGGAUCGGCUAAAAUUCUGUCGUUUGGAAGCCUUUUCUCUGCACCGUAUAAGGGUUCUGAAUCUCACAUCGACAUCCACGAAUCUCCAAGGAACCAAAGAAUACAACUGUUGAUUCAGAAUAUCGAGUUUCUUCCAUUUGUGACAGAAAUCCUAAAUGCUGGGAAGCAAUUUGCUCGUCAGGCAAUUAAGGCUCCGUUUCUCUGCGCACAGCUUCGGUUAUUGGAUGGUCAAUUCAAGAACCACUGGAAAGAUACUUUCCUAGGAUUGCAACAAAUGUUGGACGUGUUGAAACAGACGGGCUCUCGUCCAGUUCAUAUAUUCGUGAUGACCGAUCUUCCCCAGGUUAAUUGGACUGGAACUUAUUUGGGGGAUCUGGCAAAAGAUUCUGAUGCUUUUAAGGUGUUUGUUCUGAGUGAGGGAGACGAGUUCGUUGCUCAAACUGCUAUGGAAAUUGUGAAUGCAGGGCAUAGUAUGAAACUUCAAUCGGUUUCGAGUAAUUUUGAUGGGAGAAAGGAGCAAUGCAAUCCUCAAUCACUACCUGAUGUACUUUUAUACUUGGAAGAAAGUAUAUGCAGCUGUGCUUCUCUUGGUUUCUACGGUACUGCUGGGUCGACAAUUGCCGGAAGUAUAGAAUUGAUGAGAAAGAAUAACAUAUGUUCGUGAUGAAAUCUUACUCUCUUGCAAGUGCACUUGUUUCUGUUUAUACUUGACAAGUAUAAACGAGCGAAAUGUGUUUUAAAAAAAAAAUUCGGCUCUUUAUCUUUGAGGAAAACUUAGAAAUCCAGUUGGGUAGAGAAUCGACCUGCGCCAAUUAGAAGCUACCAAGGGCAUUUCCGUCUUUCGUGAUUUCGUGAUUGGGAGAGAGAGAGAUUUGCAAUGGAGUGUACAGAAUCCGGAUCCUUAUUUUGGUCAAUGUCAAAGGAGCUAACGGAACGGGACUAUGUCGAGAGAAUAUAUAUUUCGUUAUUUAUUAAUUUUGACUUAUAAACGAUGAAAUGUGAGAACUAGUUAAUCGUUUGAACCAGUUGAGGUAAUAGAAACUUGGAGUUAUAAUUUAUAGAUACAGAUCUUGUUGUUGUUGUUCUU